GCCCCGCCCCCGGCUCAACCGAGGCGCGGGGAGGGAGACACCAGUUCCGCCACACCGAACAUGGCGCCCGAGGCGACGUCGCGGCGGGACCCGGCACUUCCGCCACGCCGGAGAUGGCGUCGGGGACGCGCCUGCGCGCUGGGGGCGGCCGCUCUUAAAAGGGAAGCGGCGGGACGGCGGCAUGGCGAGACGGGGGCCGGGGCCGGGGCCGGGGCCGGGGCCGGGGCCGGGGCCGGGGCCGGGGCCGUUCCUGCACGAGGUGCCCGCCUGGCUCAUGUGCAACUUCUGCCGCCUCAUGGACGCGCUGAACCGCUCGGACUGGGAACGCUUCGCCUCGCGGCUGGUGCCGGAGCAGGGCGAGCUCCGCCUGGCCGCCGCCGGCCCCGGCCCCACGGCCGCGGUGCUGUGGGGCUGGGCUCAGCGCAACGGCCGCCUGCGGGAGCUGCUCGAGCUGCUGCGGGGGCUGCACCUGCUGCGGGCGCACGACCUGCUGGCGGCCUGGUACCCCGGCCUGGCCUCCCCCAGCGAGCCCCCCCCGCUGCCCCCCCUGGACCCCCCCGCGUUCUCCGUCACCCCCAGCCCGCGGCUGCUCCCCACGGCCCCCCCGGGCCCCCCUCAGACGCGUUCACCGCCUCUGCCUGGGACCCCCGAAACAGCCCCCCCCAGAGCCAUCCCUGCCCCUCCCGGGCCCCCCCCCCCAGCGCCCUCCUCAGCACCCCCUGCCUAGACCCCCCGUUCCCGGACCCCCCGUGCCCCCCCGAUGAGGCUCUGGCCUCGCUGUGCUCGUCCAUGGCCUCGCUGAGCCCGCGUCCCCCCCGCGGCGCCCCGGGCCCCCUCCCCGCCCCCCCGCCGCCCCCAACCCUUUUGCUGGCGGCUGGGGGAGCUGGCGGGGGCCACGGGGGGCUUCGCCGACAGCCACAAGGUGGGCGAGGGGGGCUUCGGGGUGGUCUAUCGCGCCCGCCUGCGCCACACCGACUACGCCGUCAAGCGCCUGCGGCGGGUACGCGGCGCCCGGGGGGGUCCCCGU